AUGGCGAAUGCAUCUGGGUUCUUCACUCAUCCUUCAAUAUCUACCUUCCGAAGCAGAACCCACGUCCCGAUUCGAGUUUCUGGAUCUGGGUUUUGCUUCUCGAAACGAUUCUCUAAAAGGGUUUUGUGUUCGAGCGUUAACUCCAUCGAUGGUGUCGAUAAGCAUGCUUCGACAUCUCCUUCAGAAUAUCGACGACCCAGGCUAGUGCCGAGUGGCUGCAAAUUAAUUGGAUCUGGUUCAGCAGUGCCAAGCCUUUUGAUUUCUAAUGAUGAUCUCGCGAAAAUAGUCGAUACUAAUGAUGAAUGGAUAGCUACUCGUACUGGUAUUCGCAACCGUCGAGUUGUAUCAGGCAAAGAUACCUUAGUUGGCUUAGCAGUAGAAGCAGCAACCAAAGCUCUUGAAAUGGCAGAGGUUGUUCCUGAAGAUAUUGACUUAGUCUUGAUGUGUACUUCCACUCCUGAUGAUCUAUUUGGUGCUGCUCCACAGAUUCAAAAGGCACUUGGUUGCACAAAGAACCCGUUGUCGUAUGAUAUCACAGCUGCCUGUAGUGGAUUUGUUUUGGGUUUAGUCUCAGCUGCUUGUCAUAUACGGGGUGGCGGAUUUAAAAAUGUUUUAGUGAUUGGAGCUGAUUCUUUAUCUCGGUUUGUUGAUUGGACGGAUAGAGGGACUUGCAUUCUCUUUGGAGACGCCGCUGGUGCUGUGGUUAUUCAGGCUUGUGAUAUUGAGGAUGAUGGAUUAUUUAGUUUUGAUGUGCACAGUGAUGGAGACGGUCGUAGACAUUUGAAUGCUUCUGUUAAAGAAUCCGAAACUGAUGGUGCCUUGAGCUCCAAUGGCUCUGUGUUUGGAGACUUUCCACCAAAACAAUCUUCGUAUUCUUGCAUUCAGAUGAAUGGAAAAGAAGUAUUUCGCUUUGCUGUCAAAUGUGUUCCCCAAUCUAUCGAGUCUGCUUUACAAAAAGCCGGUCUUCCUGCUUCUUCCAUUGAUUGGCUCCUCCUCCAUCAGGCAAACCAGAGAAUAAUAGACUCUGUGGCUACAAGGCUUCAGUUUCCGCCGGAACGAGUCAUUUCGAACUUGGCUAAUUACGGUAACACAAGCGCUGCUUCGAUUCCUCUAGCUCUUGAUGAGGCGGUGAGAAGCGGAAAAGUGAAACCAGGACAUACCAUAGCCACUUCCGGUUUCGGAGCCGGAUUAACUUGGGGUUCAGCAAUUAUCCGGUGGAGAUGA